GAAAAAAUGGACAGAGGAAACCAGACAAGAGUCUCUGAAUUUCUCCUCCUCGGGCUCUCUCAGAAUUUGGAGCAAGAGCUGAUUCUCUUUGGCCUAUUCCUGGCCAUAUACCUUGUUACAGUAGUGGGGAACCUUCUCAUCAUAUUGGCUAUCUGCUCUGACUCCCAUCUCCACGCUCCUAUGUAUUUCUUUCUGGCCAACUUCUCUUUCACUGAUGUGUGUUUGUCUUCUACCACAGUGCCAAAGAUGUUGUUCAACAUUCAGACUCAGAGCCAAACUAUCCCUUAUAGUGGGUGUCUUGCCCAGAUCUUCUUUUUCUUGUGGUUCAUUGGGUUGGAUGUCUUCCUCCUAGGGGUUAUGGCAUAUGACAGACUUGUAGCUAUCUGCCACCCUCUCCACUAUACUAUUCGAAUGAGCCCCCAAUGCUGUUUCCUGCUGGUGGCUGGAUCAUUGGUCCUGGCUCACUUAUAUUCCUUGACUCAUACCAUCCUUCUAGUUCAAUUACCCUUCUGUGAUUCUAACACUAUUCCCCAUUUCUUCUGUGAGCUCCUCCCUUUGAUGAAGCUCUCCUGCUCCCAACCUUAUGCCAACCAGUAUGUGCUGAUGUACUGGGGUGGGGCCUUAACUAUCCUGAUCCCCCUGAUGAUUCUUGUUUCCUAUGUCCGCAUUGUGACCACCAUACUCCGUGUCCCUUCAGUGAAGGGAAAAUGUAAAGCAUUCUCCACCUGUGGCUCCCACCUCACUGCCGUUUGCCUGUUCUAUGUGGCUGCCAUUGGCGUAUAUUUCAUUCCCUUUGAGGCUGACUCAGCUGGAAAAGAUAGAUUGGCAGCUGUGAUGUAUGCUGUGGUGACUCCCAUGCUGAAUCCCUUUAUUUACAGUCUGAGGAACAAGGACAUGAAGGAGGCCUUAGGAAGGCUCCUUAGUAGAAGGUCAUUGUUAUUUCAAUAA